AUGAAUUUUCUGAUUGCUAACAGUGGUAAUAUAAAAAUUGAUCAUUUUAUCAAUGCAACGCAGUCACAAAAUAAAAUAAUUGAUGGUCCAUAUUUGAUAUGGAUUCCUUUUGAAGAGUUUAAAGAUGUAAAGAAAAUUGGGCAAGGUGGUUUCAGUCAAAUUUUUAAAGCUAAUUGGAAAAUAAACAAAGGCAUAAGUUAUAAAGGGACUAUUAAGCGGUCAAAGUCAGAACGAAAAAUUGGUUUGAAAGUACUAAAUAACUCCCAGAAUGCGGAUACGGAGUUUUUAAAUGAGUAUCGUUAUUCUGAUUAUUCUAAGUAUUCUGAUGGUGAAAUCAAAAAAGAAUUUUCACACGAAUAUGACGUGUGGUUAGAAUUUGAAAAAGCUGAAGAAAAAUGA